AAACAACCAAAACGAAGCCACCCAAACAACCUCUCUCUCUCUCUCUCUCUCCCUCUUUUUCUAUCUCUCUGCACUGCCAGUGAAGCCUUUCCCUUCAGAUGGAGCAUCUCUUCUCGACCAUUUUCUCUCUUCAACUGGUCAGCGGAGAGACGAUACUCCUGACGGCGCCAAUGUCGUUGGAUGGAGAAUCGGACGUCACUUACAGAGCGCCGAACCUGAUCCGACGGAUUGUCAGUCUCUUCAAGACUGUACGGCCCGGAUCUGAUCUCACCCGCUUCCAGCUGCCCCCUCUCUUCAACAUGCCCAAGUCUCAACUUCAGUGUUAUGGCGAAACAGUGUAUUGUGUUGGGAAUGAUAUGCUAAGUAGGUGCAGUAAGGCAGAGAGCUCUCUUGAAAGAUUUGCAUCAGUUGUGGCUUGGAGCAUAUCUACCACACGGCCUCUGAUAUUCGGUGUUGCUCCUUUCAAUCCCAUUCUUGGAGAGACUCACCAUGUUUCAAAGGGAACUCUCAAUGUCCUACUUGAACAGGUAUCGCAUCACCCACCGGUAUCUGCCCUUCAUGCAACUGAUGAGAAGGAAAAUAUUGAAAUGAUAUGGUGCCAAUAUCCUGUUCCCAAAUUCUAUGGUGCUUCAGUUGAAGCCGAGGUACAUGGGAAUAGGCAGCUGAGGCUCCUGAAGCUAGGAGAAAAUUAUGAAAUGAACUCUCCAAGGCUCUUGAUCAGGUUUCUUCCAGUGUCCAGUGCUGAUUGGGUUGGUACUGUCAGAAUCCGUUGUCGAGAAACUGGCCUUGAAGCUGAGCUAUGUUACAGAGGCAGUUCUUUUCUAGGUCGCAGAUCAAAUUACAGAUCUAUUAAAGGAAAGAUUUUUGAGUCGUCAUCUUCGAAGACAAUAUAUGAGAUUGAUGGCCACUGGGAUAGGACUGUUUCAAUGAAGGACAUCAAUAAUGGGAAACUUUCAAUCAUAUACAAUGCAAAAGAAAUGCUUUCAGGACUGAAAACCCCGACUGUUAAGGAUCCAAAGGGAGUUUGGCCGAGUGAAUCAGCUGUGGUGUGGGGUGAGGUGAGCCAAGGCAUCAUGAACAAGGAUUGGGAGAAAGCAAAAGCAGCCAAGACAGCCAUUGAAGAAAAGGAGAGGGAAGGGUUGAGAGAAAGAAAGUCAAGAGGAGAAACUUGGGUUCCUAAGCAUUUUAAGUUAUUUAGCGGCAAGGAAGGUGGUUGGGACUGCUUACCUAUUCAAGACUUGGUGCCACCAGCUCCCAUUGCUCUCCCUCUUUGAUAUGUUUCUCUCAUUAGCAGGCUAGUUGCUGAUCUAAACCUGAUUUAGACCUUCACUUAUGGAAAUUUAAAGGCUACAAGUUAUAUACCU